AGGAAGGUGACCAGCGAUGUUGGCACGUUGCCAACCCCACUGACGUCAACAGCGCCGAGACAGGCCGAGAUCGAUGCGACCUACCCCAAGGCCGCCCCGCGGCUGCCUAACCCGACGAAACCACAAAACACAUUACCGCACCUUCCUGCGGUACACAUGAGAUUAACGAGAAUCCCCAAGCCGUUUCACCCAGCCAGAUUCUACGCUUCACACCGGCCGCUAGUCCAGUUUGGCAGCCGAAUCCGUCCUCCGCGACCCCAGGAAUCGGCCCGGCGCAGAUUCCACCACCAAUUCCCCAAAAUGAGCACCACCACCACCACCACCACUCCCGCUCCGCCAACCCCGGCCCAGCUCCUGGAACCCCUCGCGAACCCCUCCGCCGGGGCCGCAACAGCCGACGCGGUCCAAGCGGCCGUGCAGGGAUUCAGCGACCAGCUCCGCGCCAACCAGGCGUCGAUCGGCGACUUUGUCUGGGCCGCCUACGGCGCCGUCUUCGACGCCGUCGACCGCACCCCGCCCGAGCGCCAGGACCGGCUAGUCGAGUUCGUCGCCCGGCUGCGCGAGACCGCGGUCAACGGUGCCGACGGCAAGCCGCUGGUGCACGAGGGCGGCGAGCUGUGGACGGAUCUGCCUACGUUUGGGUGGGUGGUGAGGGAUAAGUGGAAUUUUGACCCCUCCGACCCCGCGGCGACGGCACAGCAACGCGCAUCGUGGGAGAACCUGACGGCUUUUGUUGCGCAGCUCACGGCGCGCUCCGAGGGCCCCGACGACCCGUUGGAUUUCUCAAUGUUUGGGCUGUGGGCGAUGCGGGAGGCCUUUGAGGACGACAACGGCGUUGGUUCCGACGCCGCGGUGCGGCUGGCCGCCUUGUGGGUGCGCAUCGCCGGGGCCCGGCUCCGGAAGCUGUCGGCCGAUGGGCACGAGCUCAGCGCGAGGUUGGGGGUUCCGCAGGGCAAGUACGCUGACCGCGGGUGGAAGGGGUUCAAUGAGGAGAGGUGGAAGGCGUGGGGGGAUGAGCUCAAGGUUGCGCAGGCCAGCCUGGGAUCCGAUCCGACGGUUCAGGGGGCGGCCAAGGCGAUGGAGGAGCUAUAGAUGGGGAGAGCCGGGAGUUGAAACUAGAUCUGAUUCAAGAAGAGCUUCCUGCGUGGUAUAUCGAGCUGGUCCGUUAAGUUGUUAUUCAGGUUCCAGGUUGAUCCUAAAAUGCUCCCUUGAAUGAGAACCACCGAAGCCAGGAUGCCGAAGCAACUUCCAUUUCCAUUGCAUGAAAAUGAAACUGAAAGCCCCCUAAAAAAAGCUUGUGGGAUUGCCCCCAGCAAACCUGAACGCAAGGGAUGCAUGGGCCGCUGACACGCCGCAUCAAACCCUAUUCAUGGCCAUCCCAUGUCUAAUAAAUUGAUUCCCGAUAAAUCGAGCGCUGCUCCUCGUGGCCGUGACGUGACGGAAACCAAACAUGGG